GUUUCAAACACACAGCGUCGUUUCUCAAACAGGGUUACAUAAACACUGAGCCGUGCAGAGGGUUUUUUUUUAGUUAAACGAUAUUGCAUAGCAGUUUGUAAGGCGUGGACGAUUUAAAAAAGCUACUAAACAGAAUCCUGUGUGCUGCCAUGGACAGUGUGAAGAUGGAAUCUGUCCAGAUUAAAGAGGAGUUCCCUGAACUUGAACCUGUCCCCAUUAGAGUGGAGUUCUCUGAGCUGGCUUCCCUCCCCAUUAAACAGGAGCUCUGUGAGAUGCAAUGUGACAGCAGCCAGCCAGAGGUCUCCGAGAUUAAAGCUGAGCACAAUGAAUUGGAGAUCCCCCAGACAGAAGAACCCCUUCCUGUUAAUCAAGAAGAGGUGCUGGAAACUGUCUGUAUUAAACAGGAGCCCCCUGAAGUAGAGUUUGAGCACAUGGAACCAGUGAAGGAAGAAUCAGAGGACUUCAAACCAAACAUCCUUGAGCAGGAGCGUGUACGCCUGCGGGAGUGUAGCGUGGUGCUGGAGAGAAUCUGCGUGAGAGAGCAAGGCGCUGGAGAGGAAGGCUCUCCCAACAGCACGCAAGGAGGUGGAAAGGAAGACGGGCGCUCCCAUUCAGAAUGCAGUCUAGCAGGUUCCAGUUCAGCAGCUAAAGCGAGGGCGGGCGGUGGAGAAUAUCCUGACUGUGGGAAAGGUUUCACCCAGUUAGGACAUUUAAAAAAAACACAGAAAAUUCACAGAGGAGAGAAACAGCAUCACUGCUCUGACUGUGGGAAGAGUUUCAAUCAGUUAAACAGCCUUGUUUCACACCAGCGAAUUCACACAGGAGAGAAACCGUUUUGCUGCAGUGACUGUGGGAAGAGUUUCAGUCAUUCAAGCAACCUGAAAAAACACCAGCGAAUUCACACAGGAGAGAAACAGUAUUGCUGCUCUCACUGUGGGAAGAGUUUCAGUCGGUCAGACAGCCUUGUUUCACACCAGCAAAUUCACAAAGGAGAGAAACCGUAUUGCUGCUCUGACUGUGGGAAGAGUUUCAGUCAGGCGGGAAACCUGAAAGCACACCAGCGAAUUCACACAGGAGAGAAACCGUAUCACUGUUCUUUCUGUGGGAAGUGUUUCAGUCGGUCGCACAGCCUUGUUUCACAUCAGCAAAUUCACACUGGAGAGAAACUGUAUUGCUGCUCUGACUGUGGAAAGAGUUUCAGUCAGUCAGGAGACCUGAAAACACACCAGCGAACUCACACAGGAGAGAAACCGUAUAUCUGCUCUGACUGUGGGAAGAGUUUCAGUAACUGGGGAAACAUGAAAAAACACCAAAAAAUUCACACAGGAGAGAAACCGUAUUGCUGCUCUGAUUGUGGGAAGAGCUUCAUUCAGACGGGAAACCUGAAAGCACACCAGCGAACUCACACAGGAGAGAAACCGUAUUGCUGCUCUGCCUGUGGGAAGAGUUUCAGAGAUUCAGGAGACCUAAAAAAACACCAGCGAAUUCACACAGGAGAGAAACCGUAUUGCUGCUCUGACUGUGGGAAAAGUUUCAAUCAGUCAAACAGCCUUAUUUCACACCAACGAAUUCACACAGGAGAGAAACCGUAUCACUGCUUUGUCUGUGGGAAGAGUUUCCGCGUUAAACAAAGCCUUCAAAACCACCAGCGAGUUCACAAAGGAGAGGAACCUUAAAGACUAUGUUCUAGGGACGUGGCUUUGGUACAUUUUUAUGAACAUUUAAAUACUAUGCAGUGUCUACACACACACACACUCUUUAUAUUGCAUUCUGAUUUAUACUGACAGCCCUGGCUAGUAUUUUCCAAGCAAAGAACCCCUGAAUAAGAAAAUAACGUUUUAACAUCACAAUGACUUUACUACAAAGUGAAAAAAAAAAAACCAUACACACCAAAGUAUAUAUUGAAAUCUUUCAAUUUUAAUGUCCUCUUCAAUCAAACAAUGGUUGUAAUUGAAGUUAUCAGUGGAGAUGGAACUAUAUACAUAUUAAAAACAUUUUCGGAUUGUAUGUUUUUAGAAUUUUUGUUUCUUAAAGGUUCAUUUAACAAAAAAAAGCAUUUUUAAAAAAAAAAUAUGUAUAAGUAACUUUGCUCAAAAUUCUAUGCUUUUUAAAAAAAUUAAAUUAAAUUAAAAACGAGCAUCCCCCUCUGCACAGCGCUAAUGCACAAUGGCUGCAGCAGAGAAGAGAAAGUGACCUGUGCCGACACUGGGAAAAAAAGUCACCAGGAAAAAAGAACAGCACAGGAUUUUGGAAUUUUAAAGAGCACUGUGACUGAUAUUAAAAGGUCUGCCUCCCAGCUUUUUAAAGGUUGUAGUCUUUGAUAGUAGGGGUUGGCUUUUAGAGAAAUAUAUUGCUUGAGUACUUCCAGAGCAUUACAAUUUCAGAGUACUCGAAUCUACCGCUGCUUGAAGACAAAACGCUUCCUUUUUAUAAUAUCCACAGCAGUUGGAUACGCACCGUAUAUGAUGAUAAAUGACUAAAAUUAAUACAUAAAUAUGCAUUUGGUGAAAUUUGUCAUGUGACCGUUUAGACAUCUAGCAUAUUAUUCAACAUUUGACCACUUCUUUAAAUGUGUACAAUUCCCAUCCCUGCUGCGUUCACCUUGCAUUAUGAAUCCCUGUGUAAUUAGCGUUUUGUGUAUCACUCUUAAGAGCAUGCAUUUUAAAUGGUAAAAAUGCUCUUCAGCUCUCUUGCACUCUGAUUGUGUCAGAAAGUGGGCGGAGACGCGGACACGUCACAAGAGGCUUCUCUGCUGUCAGUUUAACUCAGGCUGUCAAUGCAGUCAGUGCCUGGGAGCGGGAAUAUGCAGAAAGGAAACUAUUCUGCACCUCAUCUGAUGGACGAGUCAGGAGAAAUUGAUAACUCAGUGUGGGGAAUGAGUUUCAUUUAAACGUCAUCAUGAUUCUAAAACUAAUGAACAAUGAUAGUGUCCCAUGGCUGUAUUAUGAGAUGAAUGGCUGAAUAUUGCGCGACGUGUAGCUUUGCAAUGUGCAUUGUCCAUGCUUGUAUUCGUGCCUGCUUUUGUAAACCUAUGGAUCUUAAUUACAGAAAAUUUAAUUGUGUAAUCUGAGUUCUAAUGAGACUUGACUGUUCAAUUAAACCUUGUGUGUGCUGAUUGAAUGAUUUGAUUGAUAUACAACAGGAUACUAAACCAUGCUAAAGAAAGAACAGAAUACUGCACUGCUCUGUAUCACCAGGAUGUGUAAGCAAUGUGCAUUUCAAUACCUUCCUGCAUUGCUUGCUGUUCUCUGAGUUUAAUAAAGUAUUAGUAUUAAACUCUUGCAUUGAGUGUAUCAUUCUGCAUUAACCCAUUCAAGAAACUUAUACUAGUGAGCCACAUAACAUAGGGAAAGUGCCAUCUCCCAAAUGUUUAAUCCAUUGCAGUGUACCAAAUGUGCCAGGUGAUGUGUCUGUCUAGUGGAUUAAGCAGGUUUAGUCCAGCUGAUUGGACUAAAGUUAGUACACCUUGAAAUCCCGAUUGCAGUGGAACAGAAGUUAAUCCUCACAGGUAGAUCAUCUGCUAAAUGAGACUAAACAAGAUCCCGAUUGCAGCAGCGUACCAGAUCAGAUUCGUGAUGAUCCUGUUCAAGUGGAUUAACUCAGUACUGUGAAGGAGAAGACUAACUUCGUACGCUUGCUCGUUCUAAGCAUUUACUGCUUACUGUUUUUUUGCAGACAGCUGUAUUUUUCCUCUGAAAUGACAAGUACAUCACGCUGGGGGAGUCAGGUCCGUGAGAUAAAUUCUCGCACAAUAUAUAUAGGCCCUGCAUUUAAAAUAAAGUUUUUUUAAUCAUGUUCUUUUGAUACCGUUUUCAGUUUAACGCAAUACAAUUCCAGUUAAUAUGCUUUAACUAUAAGCAACUUUAUAUAUUUAUCGGACACUGAGUUUUAUCGGAUUAAAUGCGUAAAUGCAGCAAAUAAGACACGCCUCCUCCCAACACGUGUUUUGUUUUUUUUCCCAAGCCUUUGUUUGUAGACUGACUACGAGACAGAGGUCGCUAUGAUUGUGGAUGUAUCAAGAUGCAAACUCAGUCAAAGCCUAGUUUCUUAUUUUUCAAUGUACCUGGGGAGACAACAGUCCUUUGUUUUGUUUCACAAGUGCACCUGGGAAUAUAUCAGAAGGACAUAUUUAAUCUUGAAAGUAGUCAUUUUGAUUGGAAUACGGCAAGCUGCACUCAUUAGAUGCAUGUUAUAUAUUCAUUCUUUAUAUUACUAUUAGAAAAA